ACUCAGAGAGUCUAUGGACAUACAAAUACAAUCGUGUUUCCCGAUUCUCGCUUCUCACAAUCUCACACUCUCCUAGAAAGGCCUCUCUUUUACACGUUGCACCGCUUUCGUUAGGGUUUUCAGGAACGUCCGGAUCGCAAUGGCGGAUGAGGAGGUAGUGGUGGCAGCGACAUCGGUGGCGAACUCCGAUAGUCUCAAACGGAAGCUUGAGGAUUUGGAGCAAUCCGCUCCAGGUGAGUCGCUAUUGAAGAAGGAGGAGGCCGAGCCAGAUUCGGUCAAUAAAGCCGACGAGGAAGAGGUGGAGGGCGGUGAAGGUGAAGAUGAAGCUCAAGCUGAUGGGUCUGAAGCUAAACGACCUCGUCUUGAGGAGAAAACCGAUGAAUUAGGUGCUGAGAAUGGACAUACAGAGGAGAAGAAUGGGGAUGAGUCAAAAGAGGAUGAUACUGAAGAGAAGCCAGAUGGUUUGGAUAAUAAUGAACAGUUGGAUAAUGGCCAAGGAGUGGAGAAUGAUGCUCCCAAGACCACCAUCAGUGAACAACCUGCUCCAAUUGAUGAUUUGCAAACAGAGAAACCUCAGACUGAAAAUGUUCCAGAAGAACCACCUGCUCCAAUUGAUGAUUUGCAAACAGAGAAACCUCAGACUGACAAUGUUCCAGAAGAACCAUCUAAAGGUGAAGAUCAGGAACCAUCUACUACUGAUAUCCCUCAACAAGGAGAUGCUCCUAAUGAGCAAGAGAAUAGAGCAUCAGACACCCAAUCAAUGUCACGCAAAAUGGAGGUCCCUAAUAAUAAGGUUGGUGUACUUAUUGGCAAGGGUGGGGAAACUAUUCGACAUCUGCAAUACAAUUCUGGUGCCAAAAUUCAAAUCACACGUGAUGCUGAUUCUGACCCUCGUUCCUCAACUAGGUCUGUUGAACUAAUUGGAACUUUGGAAAAUAUAGAGAAGGCUGAGAAAUUGAUAAAGGAUGUCAUAACUGAGGCUGAUGCUGGAGGAUCUCCUUCCCUUGUGGCUAAGGGCUUCAACCCUGUGCAAUCUGUUAUUGGAGAUCAAAUUGAGAUGCAAGUUCCAAAUGAGAAGGUUGGUUUAAUUAUUGGAAAAGGUGGAGAAACUAUCAAGAGCCUCCAGACCAGAUCAGGAGCACGCAUUCAGCUGGUGCAACUUCCUGAAGGAGAACAAUCAAAAGAAAGAACUGUGAGAGUGACUGGUGAUAGAAAGCAGAUUGAGCGGGCUAGAGAAAUGAUUCAAGAAGUCAUGGAUCAGCAUGUAAGAUCAUCUCCUCACUCUAUGGGGUAUAGUCAGCAGACCUUUCGCCCACGUGGACCUGUUGCCCCACAGUGGGGACCACAUGGUCCUCAUUCCGUACAGCAUCCGGGGUAUGACUACCGACAGAGAGGACCUUAUCCGUCUCAUAGUCCACAAUACCCUGCCCCAGCAUAUGGUAAUUAUCCUCCACAGCCGGCACCUAGAAGUGGCUUUGGACCAAGUUGGGAGCAAAGGCCACCUAUGCAGGGGCCUCCACCUCAGGCAAACUACAACUAUGGGCAACCACAUGGGCCGGAUUAUGGGCAAUCUCAUCCCUAUCACCAGCCACCUCAUGGACAGAAUUAUGGGCCUGGGUACAACGACAUGAAGUAUUCUAGUCAAAUGCCGACCCAAAAUCAGUAUGGAGGACAAGGGAUGCCUCAGCAGAUGGCAUAUCCUCAAGGUGGUUCACAUCAAGGUUACAGUGGACAUGAUCAAUAUGGUAAACCUCCAUCAUAUGGUAUGCAUCCACAGGCAUCUCAUGUCCAACAUUACAGCCAGCCUAGGGCUAACCAGCCUGGUGAAGUCCCUUACCAGGCCCCCCCUAUGGUUUCAACUCAAGGAUAUGGCAUGAAUAUGCCACCUCAGCAACAGUACCCUUAUGCAGCUACUGGGCCUAUGCAGCAGCAAACUUAUCCCCCAUAUGGUUCUGCACCUGCCAGUGAUGGUUACACCCACCCACAACCACCUACAACAGCACCGGGUCCUGUUUAUCCUCAGCAAGGGGCUCAGCCUGUAUCUGGGUAUGGUCAGCCUGUUGCGCAGCAACCCCCUGCAUAUGCUCAAGUUGGGCAACAGCCUGCUGCUUAUGGUUCAUAUCCUUCGCAACCGGCUGACAACAGUGCAGGUUAUGGGUAUCAGGCACCAGCAGAUCCUUCUUAUGCUAGCACCCAGUCUACAGCAACUUACAAUGCACAGUCAACAGGUCAGCAAGGUUAUGCUCAACCAGCUCCCACUCAAACUGGCUAUGAUCAAUCCGUUGCUCAGCAAGGUGGUUAUGUAAGUCAACCUACACAAGCGGCAGCGGGUUACGGGAAUAGUGUAUGAUCUCACCCUGGUUGUCCUAUAUACGAUUCAGGCAUAUGGUGUGCACCAUGCUCUAAUUAUCUGAUGGGAGUUGGCCAUGAGAAAUUAGCUGCCUGUGAGAUUAGCUUGCAACUUCUUGCAUCUGUGUCAAUUAGGAUCUACUCUACUCUGGGAAGGAAUGACGCUAAUCUUCUGUUGUAGUUUUCCUUUUACCCUAGCGGCUAGGUUAUUUCCUUCCCAUUUUACUUUGAUUUAGCUGUCAUAAGUCAUUAUGUAAUCCUUACUACACUUAUGAGGAUAUGUUAACAUUUUGUUUGGACCUGCUUUCUUGCUUUAAUUUUAUAAGCACAUUUUUCAUGAACUUUUCCACCUUCAA